GCGGUGCUACCGGCCCCGCUCCGCUCCGCUCCGCUCCGCUCCGCUCCUCCGCUCGGCUCGGCUCGGCUCGGCUCGGCGGGGCGCUCGGUAUCGGGGAGACGGCGCAAGACAAAAGGCGCGGCGGCGGGGCGAUGGGCGGCGGGGCGGCGCCAUGAGGAGGAGACGGCGGCGGCGGCGGCGGCGGCGGCGGCGAGGAGCAUGGCGGCGGGAGGCGGCGGGGCGCGGCGGGGGUUGCUGAAACGGAAGCCGAACUUCACGUUACAGGAGAUCGACAUCCUGAUGAGCGAGGUGCUCAAGUACGAGCAGCUGCUCUUCGGCGCCGCCGCCAGCACCGUCAACGCCUACGAGAAGCAGAAGAUCUGGUGGCGCAUCACCAACAAGAUCAACGCCGCCGGCCGCAACCAGCGCGACAUCGGCGAGGUGAAGAACCGCUGGCGGGGGCUGCGCCGCCGGGCCAACGAUAAGAUCACCCGGCACCGGCAGGAGAGGCAGGCACCCGCCGCUCGCCCGGCCGUCAGAGUCGGCAACGGCAACGGCAACGGCAACGGCAACGGUUCCGGCCCCGGCCCGCCGGAGCUCGGCCCCGGGCCCGCUCCCGGUUGGGGACCGCGGGGCACCGCCGGCAUCGACCCGCCGCUCCUCGGCGUCGAGGUGGUGGCGCCGCACGGUGGGUGCGGGGGGCGGGGGCGGGGGGGACCGGGACGGGGACACGUGGGGGACCAGGACGGGAACAUGGAGGGACAGGGGCAGGGACACGGGGGACCAGGACCAGGAUAUUGGGGACCAGGACACAGGCGUGGGGGACUGGGACGGGGACAUGGAGGGACUGCGACAGGGACAUGGGGGACCAGGAGCAGGACAGAGGGGGACCAGGACACAGACACAGGAGACAGGGACCAGGACGUGGGGAGCCAGGACACAGACAUGGGGGACCGGGACGGAGACAUGGAGGGACAGGGGCAGGGACAUGGGGGCACUGGGACCAGGACAUGGGGGGACCGGAACAUGGACACGGGGGAACAGGACAGGGACAUGGGGGGACUGGAGCAGGGACACAGGGGCACUGGGACCAGGACAUGGGGGGACCGGAACAUGGACACGGGGGAACAGGACAGGGACAUGGGGGGACUGGAGCAGGGACACAGGGGCACUGGGACCAGGGUGUGUGGGGACCGGGACUGUGACAGGGGCAAUGGGACCAGGACAUUGGGGACCAGGACACAGAUGUGGGGGACCAGGACAGUGACAUGGAGGGACUGGGACAAGGACAGAGGAGACCAGGACCAGGAUGGGGGGGAUCAGGACGAAGACACUGAGACCAGGACAGGUGUGCGGAGGGACUGGGACAGGGACAUGGGGGCCUGGGACCGGGACGUGGGGGAAACUGGAACCAGGGCAGUGGGACCAGGACAGGUGCAUGGAGGGACUGGGGCAGGGACAGGGAGGAGGAUCAGGACAGGGACAGGAGGGCAGGGACAUGGAGGGGACACAGACACAGGGGAGGACAGGGACAUGGAGGACUGGGACAGGGAUGGGGGGGGACCAGGACAGGGACAUGGGGGACAGGGACAGCAACAGGGGCACUGGGACCAGGACAGGAGGAUACCAGGAUCUGGCUGGUGACAUGAGGCACUGGAACCAGGACAGGGACAAGGGACAGGGCACCAGUGCAGGGGAUCAGGACAGGGCCAGGAGCACUGAGACCAGGUCAGGGACAUGGGGGGAACUGGGCCAGGACAGCAACAGGAAGGGACUGAGACCAAGACAGGGACAGGGGUACCAGGGCUGAGACAGCAGCAUGAGGGGACCAGAAUCAGGACAGGGACAUGGGGGGACAUGGACCAGGGCGGGGACAAGGGACAGCGGCACUGGGAUCAGGACAGGAGGAUACUGGGAUCAGGCCAGGGACAUGGGCAACUGGGAUUAGGACAGGGACAAGGGGACGGGGGGUACCGGGACCAGGACAGGGAUAAGAGGGGGCUGGGAACAGGACAGGGACAUGUGGGGACCAGGAUAGGGACAUGGGGGUACCAGGACCACGCAGGGACAUGGGGGGACCACAUUUAGGAGAGGGAUAUGGGAGUACUGGGACCAGGAGAGGGACAAGGGACAUGGGAUGGGGCUGGACCACGGAUGAGGGACACGGGGCUAUAGGCAUAUGUAUGUAUAGAUGGG